CAGAGUCGCAACCCAAACUCUUUUCACUGCCGGAGAUAAUUCUCUUCUUCCCCAAACCCUACAGUACUCAGCUUUCCCUAAAUUCCUCGCCGGACGAUUCGUUUCCAGAUGACGGAGGAAGAUUUUGUUGUUAUCUCUACGCCGCCUGUCGAUCUCAAGCGAAAGCUCGACGAAGUUGAGCUUAAUGGAAAUAUCGUGGAUGAUAGCAAUCAAACAUCUGAUUCUUCUCAGGCUAAACGAGCGAAGCUAGAAGAUGAAGCUCAAGAUGGUUUAGAUUAUGGGAAUACACAAGAAAAUGGGUCUUCAAUGGAGGUAAAAGAGGAAGAACAGCUUCAGGAACCUAAGGAAGAGAAUCAAGAUUCUGUACCACUUGUUGAGGAAGUUCAGGAUCCUAUUCAUGCUGAUGAGUCUGAAAAUAAGAUUUGUAGUGUAGAUCAGCCAACAGAUGAUCAGGUUAAGCCUGAGGAUAACCAACAAGGUUGUAUUGAGGAUGUCAAUGGUGGUGAACAUCAGAAGGUGAUUGAUGACGAUAGUAAGGAAGUGAAUGAUGGUAGUUCUCAAGAGAAUGGUAAAGAAGAAAAUAAGGAAGUGGAUGGUGAAAAAUCUCAGAAGGAGGUUGAUGGCACACAGUCGACAACUCGUAGGAUAGAUGUCCCAAGUUCAAAGGUAGGUGUGUUGAUUGGUAAAGGUGGGGAGACUAUACGGUAUCUUCAGUUUAACUCUGGUGCCAAAAUCCAAAUUUUGAGGGAUUCAGAAGCUGAUCCGAGCUCAGCGUUAAGACCAGUGGAGAUAAUUGGAAGUGUUGCAUGCAUUGAAAGUGCUGAGAAGCUUAUCAGUGCAGUCAUAGCAGAGGCUGAAGCAGGAGGUUCACCUGCCCUAGUUGCUAGGGGCCAUCCUUCCACUCAUGCGAUAGGGAUCCCAGAACAGAUAGAGAUUAAAGUUCCAAAUGAUAAGGUUGGUCUGAUUAUUGGCCGAGGUGGCGAGACAAUCAAGAAUAUGCAGACAAGGUCAGGAGCACGUACUCAGUUAAUACCACAACAUGCAGAAGGUGAUGGAUUGAAGGAGAGGACUGUCCGUAUAUCUGGAGAUAAGAUGCAGAUUGAUAUAGCAACUGACAUGAUAAAAGAUGUUAUGAACCAGAAUGCAAGGCCAUCAUCCUAUUCCGGUGGCUAUAAUCAGCCUGCCUACCGUCCCCAAGGGCCAGGCGGUCCACCUCAAUGGGGUUCACGAGGUCCUCAUGCUCCCCAUCCCUAUGAUUACCACCCUCGUGGACCAUAUUCAUCUCAAGGUUCAUAUUACAAUUCUCCCGGUUUCGGUGGCUAUCCUCCACAGCAUAUGCCUCCUAGAGGUGGAUAUGGUACUGAUUGGGACCAAAGACCUCCGUAUUCUGGUCCGUACAAUUAUUAUGGAAGACAAGGAGCUCAAAGCGCUGGCCCAGUUCCACCUCCUUCUGGCCCUGUACCCUCCCCUGCCUUUGGUGGUCCCCCUCUUUCGCAGGUAAGUUAUGGUUACGGUCAGAGCCAUGGCCCAGAGUAUGGACAUGCUGCUCCUUACUCCCAGACCGGUUAUCAGCAGACUUACGGGCAGACGUAUGAACAGCCUAAGUAUGACAGUAAUCCUCCGAUGCAGCCACCUUAUGGAGGUUCAUAUCCACCAGCAGGUGGUGGUCAGUCAGGCUAUUACCAAAUGCAGCAACCUGGUGUUAGGCCUUAUGGGAUGCAACAAGGUCCUGUCCAGCAAGGAUAUGGGCCUCCACAGCCUGCAGCAGCAGCUUCUUCCGGUGAUGUGCCUUACCAAGGUGCAACUCCAGCAGCACCGUCAUAUGGCAGUACUAACAUGGCUCCACAACAACAACAAUAUGGCUACACGUCAAGUGAUGGGCCAGUGCAACAGCAAACAUAUCCUUCCUAUAGUUCCGCUCCACCAUCUGACGCUUACAACAAUGGUACACAAACACCUGCAACUGGUCCAGCUUACCAGCAGCAAAGUGUUCAGCCAGCUUCUUCCACCUAUGACCAGACUGGUGCACAGCAGGCUGCAGCAGCUGGGUACGGUGGGCAAGUAGCUCCAACCGGUGGAUACACAUAUCCAACCUCACAGCCUGCUUAUGGUACAUCUCAGACCCAAAACUAUGGAUACAACACAAGCUCUCAAGAUCCUAACUAACGAUAUGGUGCGGAACCAGGAAGCCAAGCCGCUUAUUCACAAGCAGCACCUACUCAAACAGGAUAUGAGCAACAGCCUGCAACUCAAGCUGCAGUGUAUGCGACUGCUCCAGGGACCGCACCAGUGAAAACCCAAUCACCCCAGUCCGCGUAUGCUCAAUACGAUGCAAGCCAGGUUUACGCAACUCCACGUUAAGAGAAUCAUCAAAUGUUGCAAAGUUGCUAGACCUGCUGCACUCACGCAGUUGGAGGGUAAGACAGUUCUUAUGAAAAGGUGGAUCUUAAUCUGACUCUUUCUCCUUGAAUGCUUCAUUGUAAUCGCUGUUGACCUUAAGCUGUUGAACUGUUGCUGAUAGUUAAGCUAUUAUAUUUAUUUUCGUUGUUCAUGCUUCAAAAGAUUUGUCUUCCCAA